AUGUCUCGUGUUUACGAUUCAGACGAGUGCCAUAAGGGAGUCGGAAAUAGUUUGAGAAGAGAUUGCACAGAAUGGAAGCGACAAAAGAAUCUGGUUCAGAAGACAGUACAAGAGCAACAUGUCACAUCAAUGCCAAUCAUAUAUAUUGCUCGGCCAAGCUAUCGUCCCGUAGAAGACAGUUUGUGGCAAUUUGGAUGCCCUAAACAACCAGAUAAGCACAUGGUCAUCAGCUCAGGUCCACAAUAUCGUAGUGUGAAACCACUGAAUGUUACUAGUCAACUGGGACUUCGAUUGUACUUUGGUUUACCGCAGAUUUCAUCGAGUAUUGGUGAUAUUAUUAAUACGGAGUACGGUUUCACCAUUCGGCUGGAAACAAAAUAUUUCCAACCAAGAGAUAUUCAGAUAACUUUACAUCAGCGCAUGCUUAGUGUAAUUGGAGAUCGUUUGGAAGACGAUGGUAUUGGUGCACAAAAACUACGCCGAAGUUUCACGCGCAAGUAUAUAAUUCCUCCUGAUGUACAACUCUCCUCUAUAUCAUCCUAUGUGACCAACAAUGACUAUUUAAUCAUCAAAGGUAGUCGAAAAGGCUGGAAGGAAACCGACUUAACAGAGCAUUUGGCAUCUUCAUCAAUGUCCAGCGAAUCAGUGAUAAGUGCCAUUUGA